AUGUACAGGCAGAUAAGGGUCCAUAGAGACGAUUGGGACUUGCAACGAAUGUUAUGGAUAAAUGAACAAAAUGGCAUAAGAGCCGCACCAUUUUUAGCAUUCAGGACACUGUUACAAUUAGUGGAAGACGAGGGAGAGAAGUACCUUCUCGCACUGCCUUGCAUCACCCACGGAAGAUACGUGGAUGAUAUCUUCGGAGGUGCGGAUACAUCACAAGAACUUAUUGAAACCGCACUGCAACUGCAGAAUCUCUAUCGAAAUCAAGUAGACCACGUUUUAUGCAACUACGAUACAUCAAAAAUCCUGGGAUUGCGAUGGAACUCACAAGAGGAUCAAUUCACCUUCGCAACAACAUUAUCAUUGAACAUCGACAGGUUCUCCAAACGCUCAAUAUUAUCCGACAUUGCAAAAAUAUUCGAUCCUUUAAGUUUUGUAUCACUGGUGGUGAUUAAAGCAAAGAUGCUCCUUCAAGAACUAUGGUUACAUAAAAUUAAAUGGGAUGAUCCCAUACCUCAACAAUUAUCAAUCCAUUGGCGUGCCAUAAAACGGGAUCUAUCAAAAUUGAACAAAAUCACUAUACCAAGAUGGCUAAACACAAAGAGCGGGUCCACCGUCGAACUUCAUGGCUUCUCUGAUGCUUCUCAACUAGCCAUGGCCGCAGUCAUCUAUCUUACCGCCCACAACGCUUGCACAAAUACAAAAACCAUCCUGAUAUGUUCUAAAACCAAAGUAGCUUCAUUAAAGCGACUUUCCAUUCUCCAAUUGGAGCUAGCAGCGGCAUUAUUACUAUCAAGGCUUAUCCUGUACGUCAAGAACACACUAAACAUGAAGACAACCGCGACAUACUUGUGGACGGAUUCAAGGGUAACUCUCACCUGGAUAAAGUCCCAUGCAUCGCGCUGGAAGGACUUUGUAAGAAACCACGUGAUACUAAUUCAAGAAACCACAUCAAAUUAUCAAUGGAAUUAA